AGACGCAGAGAGCUGAAUCACACAGAGCUGAGCUAACCGCCCAACCAUGACGCUCGCGCCGAAGGAGCUGUCCAACCUGCUGAGCAUCAUCUCGGAGGAGGCAUGCACCAACACCUUCGAGGGUCUCUCCACACACUUCCAUCACUACUUCGGGAAGGCGGAGCACUUUCGGGUGGGCUCGGUGCUGGUGAUGCUGCUGCAGCAGCCGGACCUGCUGCCCAGCUCCCCGCAGCGGCUCACAGCCCUCUACCUGCUCUGGGAGAUGUACCGCACCGAGCCGCUGGCUGCCAACCCCUUCGCCGCCGUGUUCGCACACCUGCUGAACCCCUCACCCGCUGGGGAGGAACCGGAGAAGCUGCUGUCUGGCUUCCUGCCUCCCAUCACACAGCCCGAGAAGUUCUUCCUGUCCCAGCUGAUGCUGGCGCCUCCCAGGGAUCUCUUUAAGAAGACGCCCAGACAGGUGUCCUGCAUGGACGUCGGCAACAUGCCGCAGUCCAUAGACAUCAGCGGGCUGCAGCUGGCUUUAGCAGAGCGUCAGUCGGAGCUGCCCACUCAGAGUAAAGCCAGCUUCCCCAGCAUCCUGAACGACCCCGAUCCAGACUCCUCCAACUCGGGAUUUGACAGCUCCGUGGCCAAUCAGAUCAUCGAGUCGCUGGUCACAGGGCCCCGCCCCCCACUGGAGAGUCACUUCCGGCCCGAGUUCAUCCGGCCGCCGCCACCGCUGCACGUGUGCGAGGACGAGCUGGCGUGGCUGAACCCCACUGAGCCGGACCACAGCGUCCAAUGGGAUCGCUCCAUGUGUGUGAAGAACAACACCGGCCUGGAGAUCAAACGCAUCAUGGCCAAGGCCUUCAAGAGCCCACUGUCCGCCCAGCAGCAGUCCCAGCUGCUGGCGGAGUUGGAGAAAGAUGUGAAGCUGGUGUACCACAUCGGUCUUUCCCCGGCCAAGCUGCCAGACCUAGUGGAGAACAACCCGCUGGUUGCCAUAGAGAUGCUGCUGAAGCUGAUGCAGAGCAGCCAGAUCACCGAGUACUUCUCGGUCCUCGUCAACAUGGACAUGUCUCUGCACUCCAUGGAGGUUGUCAACAGGUUGACCACGGCUGUGGAUUUACCUCCAGAGUUCAUCCACCUUUACAUCUCUAACUGCAUCUCCACCUGUGAGCAGAUCAAAGACAAGUACAUGCAGAACCGUCUGGUCCGUCUGGUCUGCGUCUUCCUCCAGUCGCUGAUCCGGAACAAGAUCAUCAACGUCCAGGACCUGUUCAUCGAGGUCCAGGCUUUCUGCAUCGAGUUCAGCCGCAUCCGAGAGGCCGCCGGCCUCUUCCGCCUCCUCAAGACCCUGGACACGGGAGAAACCCCAGCUGAGGCCAAACCUGCCAAAUAGUGGUCCCCAGAGACACUGGACAGACAGAAGGUUCCGAGGCGAGCAUCCUUCAUGUCUCUGUUCAACACCACGUUAAUAGAGUAAAUAUGUAGUGACGCUUUCCUCUCUGAACUCUGUCAUUAUUGUUCUCUCUCUCUCUUCCUCUCUCUCUCUCUCUCUCUCUCUCCCGCCCGCUCUCUCUCUCUCACUCUCUCUCCCUCUUUCUCUCUCUCUCUCUCUCUUUCUCUCUCUCUCUGUGUCUCUCUCUCUGUGUCUCUCUCUUUUUUUCAGAAGUAAUCAACAAAAGGAUUAACUCAGUUCCCCUUUUCAUUUUUUUUUUUUACCAGAGCUCUCUUUCUUUUGGAAAAUGCUGCAUCUUUUCUCUAAUCAUUAAACAGAUUUGUUUAAUUGAA